AAAUUUCACUUCGCCAACAUUUUUAUCGAUGUACUGGUCGUAGUAGCAAACAUGCUAAAGCUGUAACAAUUUUGGGACGUUCAAUUUUAGGUAGAGUUCAUAGCGCAGCUAAUAAAAAAUUACGAUCUGUAAUAUUACCUGUGAUAAGAGAGGAUGAUGUAUAUCGCGUAAUAAAAUAUGACAAGCUUAUUAUUUUAUAUGGUAACAAAUUAUCUAUUAAAUAUAAACUGCAACACCAACACGACAUGAUUCGCGCGCAUUUAAGACUGUUGGGCCGUUUUCUAUUAACUAUUAAAGAAAUUAAUAAAAAUAUAAUUGAUUUCGAAUUUAUAUAUCAUCCAAAAUUUUAUGAAGAUGUUAUUAUCACAGUUAACAAAGUAGCGGGUUUAAAUAAUGAAGUAGGAAUUUAUUCUAAACCUACUACAGCAGCUAUGUUAAGAACAUUAAUAAAAAAAAAUUGGUCAUAUACUUAUUACGGAAUGUAUAAAAUGUCAAAAUGAUGAAAAAAAAGGUUUAGUUAAAGAUUUUCUAGAAUUAUUAAUAGAAGAUUACGGAACUAGUGUAAACAAAACAGUUGUGGAAACACGCUUACAACAUCAAAGACAAAAAAGUGAUGAUCUUCCAUCAUUGGCUGACAUAGCUAAAUUGUACAUGCAUUUAAAAUGUAAACGACAGAAAGCAUUUGAGGAUUUAAUGAAUGAAUACACAUAUGAAACUUGGUUGGUGUUGGCAGAAUGUACGUUAACCUCAGUUCAAUUAUUCAAUUGUAAACGAGCUGGUGAAAUUGAACGCAUAUUAAUCGCAGAUUUUGAACAAUACAGAGGUAUUGAUUCAGCCACAAUUAAUGAUCUCUUUAAAAAUAUUUCAUUGAAGGCACAAGAAGCAGCAAAAAAAUAUGUGCGUUUUGUGAUUAGAGGCAAACUUGGUCGCACAGUACCUGUGAUAUUAAACACUGAUUUGUUAGAAUGUGUAAAAUUAAUACUGCACUUUCGCGAAAAGGCUAAAGUUCUUGCAGAAAAUCCAUAUAUCUUUGGUCUUCCAAGUUAUAAUCGAAAACGGUUUAAAUAUUUGAGAGCUUGUGUUCUCAUGAGGAAAUUUUCUGAAGAGUGUAAUGCAACAGUUGCACAUUUAUUACGUGGCACGAAGUUAAGAAAGCACAUUGCUACAUUUUGUGCAAAUAUGGAGCUUGCUGACACUGAAAUAUCUGACCUUGCAAAUUUUAUGGGGCAUGCUGAAAAAAUCCAUAGAGAAGUGUAUAAACAACCCAUUAUUAGUCGUGAUAUUUUGAAUAUUACACAACAUUUAGAAGCAGCACAUGGAUGUGAUUCUCAAAGUUCUAGUGAAGAUAGUAGCAAUAAUGAAACAAAUAUCGGAAAAGAGAAUAUAGAAAUAGCUAUAAAUGAAGAAAUAAGUGAUGAUAGCUCAUUUGUUAAUACAUCUACAUCAGGAAUUGUCGAUACAUCUACAGCAAAGAUUACAGAUGGUUCAAGAACUAAAAAGCGUUCUUGUAGUAGUAGUAGUAGUAAAUAA